UCUUAUUAUUGCAUUGUAGUGAUAUUUAAAAAAUUAUUGAAAAGUAAUUAAUAGCAUAAAUAGUUUGUUCAUGGAUCGAAUAAAAGUUUAAAUGAUCAUAGCUAUUAUUUGAAAUUCAUUUUAUUUAUAAUACUUUCAAUACAAUAAUCUUUUUGACUUCCAUUAAAACCAAAAUAAACAAAAGAUAUAUUUUCGAUAGAUUAAGUUUAUAUUUUGUGAAAUUAAAAAGUUUAUUAAUUUAUUUAUAACAAUGCCUUCAAAUAGUGAUAAAGACACACGUUUAUCUGAUGUUACGCUACAAAUAAAUGAUGAUGACAUAAAGAAAGAUAUUGAUAAAAUAAAUAAGCAAAGGCAACCAAAAAGGAUAUUACACUUCUCAGAUGGUGAUUUGGUUGAAUACUCUGAUGGUGAAGAAACCGACAAUUCUCAAGAAAGUCGAGAAUUAGUUGACCCAAAAUCUCUUGAUUGGGUUUCAUGGACACUGCAUCAAACCUCCUGGUUUGGAUCGAAAGUCUUAGAAGGUUGUGAUUAUGUAGGUGAAGCGUUGGCCGAUUUUCUUGGUAUUACAUCGCCCAAAUAUCAAUAUGAAAUAAAUGAAUAUAAUCGACUUCAAAAACUUCAAGAAGAAGAAAGAGCACAAGAGUUAAAGGAAAUAGAAGGUUGGAACCCAGGCAAUACCAAUCGUACAUCUUUAAUUGUAGCCGAUAUCAGAAGUGGUGAAUAAAUUUUGACUUGAUUGUCUUAUUUAUAAAUAACACUGCAAUAUUUUUGUAAAAAUUCAAGGAUAAUGACACAAAAAAGACUAUAAAAAUUUUUUAAAAAUUGAUGUAUUUAAAA